AUGGAUUCCGAUGAUUUUGAAAAUAAUAUGGAUUCGGUGCAAUAUCUAUGUCAAAUGCUUAAUGAUGACCCACUUUGUACCUAUGAAAUCAUCGACAACAUUAAAAAAAAUUUAUUCGGAAAAAAAGAAAUUAUUAUUGAACGAUCAAUUAACAUUUUAUCAAUGAUUUUAACAAAAUAUGAUUCAUCUGUUCUUCAAGUUAUUGUAUAUAAAGAUGUUAAACAAACACUUGAACAAUUAAAUAGAAAUUCUUCUACUACUAUUUCAAAAAUGAUUGUUGAUGUUUUAAAAGUUUUCAAUUCGAUUGAAGAAUUAACUAUUGAUUCAUCUAAGUGAGUAGUUUUAUUGUUUUCUCAUUAGUUUUUAAUUGCCCUAGUUGAUCAUUUAACAGUUGAGUAUGAAAAUAUUCAUACGAAUCUAGGAGAGUCAUAUCCUUUUAAUUUCUUUUCCUCAGUAAAAAAUUCAAAUGCAUUACAUAUUGCUACAUCAAACUAUGAAAAAUUUUAUAAUAGAUACCUGUUAUGACAAAUUUACAAAAGUUAAAUAGUAAAAUCUAAAGUAGUCGAUGUCAGUUGUGGCAUGAAGACAGACGUUUGAUUUAUUAGUGUAUUCAGAACUUCUAAGCCACCUUUAUUUAGUUUUUGCAUCAUUGCAAUAUCCUACUAUAGAUAGAUAUCGAAGAUACAUGUUUUUGAUAAAUAAUAUAUAAGCCAUCGAUUCAAAAAAAAAAUACUCAGUUUUAAUUAAGAGACAGAAAAAAUACAUUAGUAAACAUAAACUAUAUCUUCGAUGACCUUCUACCUUUGAAUAUAGCAGAUGUGCAAGAAUAAAUAAAUAUAAGGUCAAAACUAUUGAAAUAAUUCCUAGAUUUAACCUGAUAAGGUAGUCAAACAAUAAGUUUUGAGAUAAAUUACAAGUACAAUGUGAGAAAGUUAUUGCGUAAACGCAACUUUUGGUUUUGACAUUCUACCAAAGCAAUAGAUUUGCGUAAACCUCUUCACUCUCCUAAUAGAAGACCCCAAGUCUUCUAAAAUGACUCAUCAAACUUUUCGGGAUAUUUUACCAUUUCUGCUCGGAAAAAAACAAAAUUUCUAUGAAUUGUUAUCUUCAGGAGAGAGGGGAGGGGGUCUUCUAUUAUGAAGAGAGCUUUAGUUCAUGUGAUAUAUAGAUAGUACACCCGAUAUUACACUUGAUUCCACUUUUUUCUUGAACUACUGACUGGCUUAAAUCUAUAUAAAUAAUCAGAUGUGAUUAGUUAGAAAAUCUCUAAAAUCGAAAGAGAAUAAUAUGACAUAUUCAGAAUUCUGGAUGGUAAAAAAUAGUCAAAAUUUGGUAGUAGUCGAGAUCAAGGUGUACGCGCUGAUUUAGGCAGGAAAGAUCCAGUAAGUAAUCGAGCUAGGGUGAAGUAUUCCCAGCCAAUAUAUCAAUGGAUUUUUCUGGUGGCUUUCGACCAAUUUCUUGUUGUUUUAGACGGGAAAUUGCGAAAAGUCAUCGCAAAAAUCCAGAGACAUUCCAACUCUAAACACGGUGUCUAGACCUCACCAUGUUCCGAAGCUUUCCGCAAGAUAUAGUGACUUUUCCGUAUCUUUCUGACUAUUUGCAGCCAAAUUUGCUUGUUUCCAGAGAUCGAAAUCAUCGAUCUAGAGCUUCAUGUUCAAGUCAAAUUUGAGAAAAUUCUAAAAAAGGUACCCUUGAAAUCCCUUAAAGAUUUACCAAUUCUGUUACUAUUUAAAAUUUUUUAAAGAUUUUCAAGUUCUGGAAAAUUCAGAAAAGAUCAGUGAUAGUAGUAUAUGAGAUCCUGAUCUCAAAAACAGAUUAAAUGUUUCCGAGCACACGAAAACCUUAUAGGUGUCAUGUUUAGUGAAGCCAACUAAACAGAUUGCGAAACCUUCAAAAAUGUCAUCAAGACUUUAUUUUGAGGGUUCCACUAAACGAUCAGUUCAAAAAGAUGCCUUGAGAAGAACUGAAAUAUAGAAAGAGUUAAUGUAUUACUUUUAAUACAACUUAUCACUUCGAAAGUCAUUCAUAUGAACCUAAAUGUAAAACUGCAAUAUUAUUACCUUUAUUUAUAAUAUAUUAUUUACCAUUAAUAUAUGAUUGAAAUGAACUGACAUUUAAAACGAUCUUGUUUAGAUGCCAUUUGAGUGGCAAUAUUCUUGUCACAUGUUCGUUUAUGUUGAAGUUUUUUUGCCCAAUUUAGAAUCCUUCGAUCGUCAAAUUUUCAAAAACAAAUCAGUUAUAUGAGCUAUCUAAAGCUAGAAGCUUCUGGCGUUCUUACUCUGUCCAACUUUGAAAAAUCAUAUUGACUAUGUUGAAUCGUUAUUUAUUGAAAUUUAGUAAAAUGAAUUGAGAAAAAAAAAUUUUAGGCUAAUAAUUUUGUUUAUUUGGCAAUUGUCAAAAACAUAUUUUUCCUCGUAUAUGUAAAAUCGAAGGUUAGUUACAGAUGUAAAGACAAUGUUAGGAUAUUUGAAAAAUAUGAAAUGGUACUAAAUUUUGAAAAUAUAAUGGUGCCCAGACGUAAUUUUUCAGUGGUUAAUUACGUCAUACUAAAUGUCUGAGGAUUUGUAGUACUCUAAAAUCCGCUAAUGGUAAAGAAAAAGUGAAAAUCCAAACAGAAAGUACAAAUUGAAAAUAUUUUCUUUUGAAAAAUUUUUAGAUUCUAAUCAAGAUCUUUUUGUGGAAUAUUCUGAAAGUUUUUGAAAAUCCGGAAACCCUUCGAGUAUCAAACAAACAUCGAAAACGCAUUUAGACUCCACACUAUACUUUUUUUUAAGAUUUAAGAAGUUCGGAAAUUCUUUAGAUUUCGGAUGAGAUACCUCAGAAACCGGAAAGAUAUCUCCGCACACUCUUUCAGAUUCUGAAUUAGUCUUUAGGACAAUACUAGCGUGUCAAAAUCAGUAUUUUUGAAAACCUGACGAUUUCCAAAUCUUUGAAAAUCAAGAAGGCUUUCUUGAGAAUGCCUCACUAGUCUGGAAAUCUUCUCAGAAAUGUCUAAGGGUUUCUGAAGAGGUUUGUGUUUUCCAGGAAGCGAAUUGUUUUAUAAUGCACGUUUCUAUAAUGAUCAUAAGUAGAUUAAUCAACUUCUCUAUCCUCAUGAAUGUUCGAUAAAGUCUGUUGUUAUUUGAUAUUUGUAGACUACCAUUGGAACCAUCAACUUUAUUAAGCAACAUUUCACUAUAUAAACCAA